AUGCCAUCCCUGACAACCCCACCCGCUUUGAGGCGUGUCCCUGCCAGCACCUCUGCUGAAGAGGUUUUGCAGAUCAUUCGCGAGGACGGCGGCGUCAUUAUCGAGAAGCUGGCUGACCCAGCGAAGCUAGAUAAGGUGUGGGAGGAAAUCCAACCCGAGUUCCAUGCCCAAAAGCACGUGGGCGUCACCUUUUCUGAAAAUAGCCGCCGUAUCACAGGCUUAGCAGGAAAAAGCAGGACCUUUGCUUGCGACCUACUGAUGACACCUCUUUACCAGAAGGUGGCCCAUCUCUUGCUGACUAGAAAGUCCACGACAUACUGGGGCUCCGAAGAGACUACGUCGACGAGCCUUCCGCAGCUCACCAAUGCCAUGGCAUUUUGGUUGGGUCCCGGGGCCAAGGCCCAAGGGCUACACCGCGAUGAUCAGUGUCAUCAUACGCGGCACCCAGCCAAAUACGAGACCGAGUUGGGCGUCAUGUUUGCAUGCACCAAAUCUCGCAAAGCGAAUGGUGCCACCAAUGUCGUCCCAUUCUCUCACAAGUGGGAUGAUGAGAGAAAGCCGAGCUUGGAUGAGGCUACUCCCGCCGAGCUCGAGGUAGGCGAUGCCUUGAUGUGGCUGGGUUCGACGUAUCAUGGGGCUGGGCAAAACUCCACCACCGACGAACACCGGCUUCUCCUGGCGGCUUUCAUGACUCCCGGAUGGUGUCGACAGGACGAGAAUCAAUACCUAGCUAUUCCUCGCCAAGUCAUUGAAAGCUACCCCGAGGACGUGGCCAGAGUACUCGGGUACUAUGUCAGUCGCCCUUACGGUGGCUUCGUGGAGCAGAUGGAUCCUAUUGAUUGGCUCAAGACUAAGGGGGACUACACCAAGUUUAUCCCUGGAGACUUGAUCUGA